UCCCCCAGAUCAUCUUACACCGGAUAGACCGCCUGCAGGAUUAUAUUGGAAAAGAGGAGGAUUUCUCUGACCAGCAGCUCUGUGGACAGGAGAGGAAUUCCAGUUUGGAUCAAGAGGAACCAGAAGCUCUGCAGAUAAAAGAAGAGCAGAAAGAACCAGAAGAUCCCUGGACUAAAGAGGAAACCAUGGAGCUCCCCAUAAGUGAGCAGGAAGAGCAGCUUGUUCUGAAGCAGGAGACUGAAGACAAACCUUUCCCAUGUUUGACAUGUGGAGAAAACUUUCUUAAAAAAGAACAUUUAAUGGAUCGCAUGAGAACUCACACAGACCGCCUCCAGGAUGAUCUUGGAAAAGAGGAGGAUUUCUCUGACCAGCAGCUCUGUGGACAAGAGAGCAAUUCCAGUUUGGAUCAAAAGGAACCAGAAGCUCUGCAGAUAAAAGAAGAGCAGCAAAAGCCAGAAGAUCCCUGGACAAAAGAGGAAACCAUGGAGCUCAACAUAAGUGAGCAAGAAGAGCAGCUUGUUCUGAAGCACGAUAUUGAAGAGAAACCUUCCCCAUGUCUGACACGGGGAGAAAACUUUCUAAAAAAAGAACAGUCAAUGGCUGACAUGGGAAAUCAAGCUGGUCAGAAGAUUUAUGAAUGUUUGUCCUGUGGAAAAAUGUUCACACAGAAAUCUAGACUUAAUCAACACAUCAGAAUUCACACAGGCUCCGCCUCCAUCACAGGUGAAGCUCUGACUCAUUCCAGAAAGCAGCUCCGCCUCAGGUUCACCUUUCAAGUCUCUUCAACACUUUGGGAAGUUUGAGCAAACUCUCCAGGUCUGUGAGCUGAUGUGAAGCGAGCAGCAUGGAUCAGUGUGAGGACAGAGAGGACAGAGUCCCUCCCUCUAAAACCACUCUGUGUGGAGAACAUGAGGACCAGAGCAAAGCUCAGAGG